GAAGUAGAAUUGGGCUCAAAAGAACAAACUCUGGCCCAAGACAACCAACUGCCUUUUUCUGUUGGGGCAAAGACCAAAAAUUGGCUUUAAUUUGAUGCUAAAUUCUCUCCCCGAAGCAACCCCCAGUGUGCAUAUAGCCUGCUUAGAUGGGGCUCAAAUCCCAGGGGACAGUAACUAGGGAGAGUUUUGAAGUUAAACAAGCAAGGCAAAUUAAUUCUCUCAAGGGUCUUGUGGCACUUAAAGACAAUGUAGACAGGAAGUAUGAAUCCAAUUGCAAGAGGAAGUACGACUAAUUGAAGAGUACAGCCGCCAGUAUUUUUAUGGCUUUUUUCCAGUGUGUUUGUAUGGAAGAAGUUUCCCAAAGGCCUUUGCAGCACCAGUUGAGUAAAAGAAGGGAGUAACUAUUCCCAGUCAGAGACGCUAUGUAUAUUACUAUAGUUACCUGUUAAAGAAUCACCUGGAUUAUAGACCAGUGGCACUGCUGUUUCAUAAGAUGAUGUUUGAAACAAUUCCAAUGUUCAGUGGCGGAACUUGCAAUCCUCAGUUUGUGGUAUACCAACUAAAGGUAAAGAUAUUUACCUCCCCUUCAGGACCCCCAAGACGAGAAGACAAAUACAUGUACUUUGAAUUCCCUCAACCAUUGCCAGUGUGCGGUGAUAUCAAAGUAGAAUUCUUCCACAAACAGAACAAGAUGUUGAAAAAGGAAAAAAUGUUUCACUUUUGGGUAAAUACAUUCUUCAUAGGACUGGAUGAAAAUUCAGACAAAGUAGAAAAUGGAAGUCUAGUUGGAGAUCAGGAACUUGAUGGUAUUUUCAGCACAGAACGCUCAGAUAAUGACAAAGAAUAUCUAAUCCUUACAUUAACAAAAAAUGAUCUAGACAAGGCAAAUAAAGACAAAGCCAACAGAUAUUUCUCUCCAAACUUCAAGGUGAAGCUAUUUUUCACAAAAACAGAGGAGCCAUCAAAUCCAGAGGCUAGCAGUUCCGCUUCAGUAACACCGGACGUUAGUGACAAUGAACCUGAUCAUUAUAGAUAUUCUGACACCACUGACUCUGAUCCAGAGAAUGAACCUUUUGAUGAAGAUCAACAUACACAGAUUACAAAAGUCUGAAUAUUUUUUUUAUCUGGGAAAAAAAACCACAAAGAGACAAACUUGAAUAAACUGAAAAAGGACCUUUUCAAAUGGCAAUAGAACAUCGUGUCAGAUUACCAAUUAUAGGAACAAUUCUUUCCUGACCAAUCUUAUUUUGCCCUAUAAAUCUACAGGGUUUGACACUUGUUGUCCAGUUGAAAAAGGUUACGUAGCUAUGUUAUGUAUAUGCCUUUUUGUGUCAAAAGGACAUUAAAAUUUCAAUUAGGAAAUAUAAAGAUGGCACUUUCCCAUUUUAUUCCAGUUUUAUAAAAGUGGAGACAGAUCUGAUGUGUAUGCGUAGGAAUUUUUCCUUUUGUGUUCUGUCACCAACUGUAGUUGGGGGAAGAAAAAAAAAAGCUUUCUGAUAUACAGGUUCACAUCCUGCCCCUUUCUUUGCACUUAAGUGGCAACAGAUAAGUCUGCAGUUGGCUAAGAGAAGUUUCUAAAGGGUUGUACUACAUUCUAAUGCAUAUAUUCUGGAUAGGGGAAUGGAAAGAAAUGCUCUGAAAGGAAUACAUUAUGCUGGACCCUGGACUAUGUACCGUAUCCGGCUACUUAUAUGCACCUUUCUUUAGCAUGCUGCAGUAAUUAAUCCUGGACAUUUGAGGAAUUGGCCGCUGUCACUGCUUGUUGUUUGUGCAUUUUAUUUUUUUUAAGCAUAAUGGUGCUAGAAAAGGCAGCUAGAGGGAGUGAUUCCAUAUAGGGGUACAGGAAUGAACCUUCCACAACAUCUAAAGACCCACAAAUGAAGGGAUAUGAAAAUAAUGGGGUCACAGAUAAGAAACACAGCAACAAUGACUUAACCAUACAAAUGUGGAGGCUAUCAACCUAAAAUGGGCUUGAAACAAUUGUUCUAAAAAAGACAAUGAUUUAUUAUUAAAUGUUUUUCUCAAUUGUAAUGGCUGCUCCAUCUCCUGUGUAAUCAAGGCCAGUGCUGAAAGUCAGAUGCUAUUAGUACAUACAUCAGUCAACAUCUUACACUUAUUUUAUUAGUUUUUCAAUCAUAUACCUGCUGUGAAUGCUUCAUGUGCUGCAUUGCGAGCUUUUUUCUCAUUAAAUAUAAAAUGUUUUAUAACGGUGCACGAGAAACUUCAAUUUGAGAUUCUACAGGUUAGUGUGUGUUUGUUUGUUUUUUUUUUUUUUGAAGAUUUGUGGAUGCAUUUAUUCAAUCAAACAGCUGUCAGCCCUUCCACCCCUUUGACCUUACACAUUCUAUUACAUUCAUUACAAUGAGUUUUGCAGUUUUGCACACUUUUUUUUUUAAAUGUCAUUAACUGUUAGGGAAUUUUACUUGAAUACUUAGUACCUACAAUGUUUAAUAAGAGACAUUACACAUGGAAACCAGUCUUGCAAUAAAUUCUCAACACUGCACAGAUAUAAAGAUGUGUACUUUUUAAAAGUAGAACAUGUCCCAAAUAUUCUAUCUGUUGUUUACUAUUAAAAGAAUUAGAUAUCCAAACUGGCAGUGUUGUAUCAUUCCUUCAUAGGGAUAUAGCCAGGACGAGGGAUGAGCUUCACUUCUGCAUAUUAUGAUGACUGACAUGCCCAGACUGCAGAUAAUUUAACGGAGUACAACUACCGUUGAAUACAGAUAUGAAGAAAUUUUUAAAUUCUAUUCACUAUAAAAUACACUAUGACCUUCAAACUUUUGGAAUAUCUACCCCAAAAUUUACGCUUUAUGGUGUAAAGUCCAAUUUUAAUUAACUUACUGGCGCCAACAUUGUUUAUUAGCUGUGUUCUUAUCUAGUUAUCAGAUGAAUCUGGGAUCCAUAGGACUCAGUACAACAGCACUAACAGAGUAUGAAUUGUAAAAAGACAAAUUUUGAUAAACAAAGGUGUCUCAUGCUUUUUCAAUAUUUAUUGGUUAAUUUUGCAUGUCAAAUUCAUGAUCUAAACUUAUAACAGCUAUUAUAGGAUUUAUAAGUUAACAGAACAAAAAUGCUGGUCCAGCACUCAUAAUUCCCAUUGUUAAAUUGGCCAGCAGCAAUGGCUACCUGAAGACCAGACCCUUAACUUUAUGCCUUGAUACAUGUUUCACCUUAUGUCUGCUUUUAGCAAUUGAAAGUCAUGUUGGCUAAUAAACAAAAAUAUUAAUGCUUUAAAAUACUUUGAUUUUGACACUGUUCUAUGUCCUGCUUUUGGGCUCAUGAUAGCAAAAUUAAAUUGUGCGGUUCCAGUAUGUAACACUGAUGGCCAGAAUGGAAAUAAUGACAUUAUAAUGGGCUUUUGCACUGUUGUUGUUUUUCCUUUGGAAUGUGAAGGUCUGAAUGAGGGUUUUGAUUAUGAAUGUUUCAUUGUUUUUGAGAAGCCUUGCUUACAUUUUAUGGUGUAGUCAUUGGAAAUGGAAAAAUGGCAUUUUUAUUUUUUUAUAUAUAUAUAUAUAUAUAUAUAUAUAUAUAUAUAAAAUACGUACUCUCCUAUACUUUAUUUCAGUUACCAUCCCCAUAGAACUUGACAAGAAUUACUAUGACUGAAAGGUUUUUGAGUCCUUAUUAAAACUUUAUUUAUGACAGUAUUCAUAAUUCGCUUGAAAGGCAUUCAGUAGGUAAUCUCUGAGUUUCUGGACUGUAUACUUAAACUCUUGGAUGUGCAGCAGCUUACAUGUCUGAAAUUACUUGAAGGCAUCACUUUCAUAAGAGCUUACUGUUAGGCCCUGUACCAUCCGUAGUCAUCUGUAGCCCCACUCGAAAUGUUUUGCCACAGUUAUUUAAGGGCGGUUGUAUAAAUAGCAUCAAGAUUCUUUGCUGUGGCACAAAUUGUAAACUAAAGUGGAGUUUACAUACAGCAUCAAACGUUUCAGCUUUAAAAAAUAAAAAUAGGGUGCCAGUGUGCAAGUUCCAUGUUUAGUUAUAGCAAAUUUGUGCAAUAUGUUAACGAUGCCUGUGGUUGCCACAAAGUGCCUCGUUUACCUUUUAAAUACUGUUAAAUGUGUCAUGCAUGCAGAUGGAAGGGGUGGAACUGUGUGCUAAAAGGGGCUUUAACUGCAGUUUGGCAGAGCUGCCUUUUACUCUGCCAGUUCAAAUUUUCAGUCUGUUUUCAUAUAGCGUGUAUAUGUGUGUAAUAUACACACACACACACACACACACACACACACACACACACACACACACACACACACACACACACACACACACACACACACAAAUUGAGUCUGUCAAGCAGCCUUACUCUGAUUCAGCCUCUUCAGAUACUAUUGUGCUGUGCAACAGUGGCUCUGUGUGUAAUGCUAUGCACUGAGGAUACACAAAAACAACAAAAUAUGACAUGUACAGGAUAAUGCCUCAUACAAAUCAGAUGUCCAUUUGUUGUUGUGUUUAACAACCCUUUAUCUCUUAGUGUUAAAACUCCACUUAAAACUGAUUAAAGUCUCAUUCUUGUCA